UUACAAAAUAAUUCAAUCAAAGUUAUACCUGAGGAUUUUUUUCCGGCCUGUCCUAAUUUAACAUGGCUCGAUUUACGCGAUAACGACAUCGAAAGCAUUCCCAUUUCGAUUAAAAACCACCCACAACUUACUCAUUUGUUGCUACAAAAUAAUAAAAUUAUAUCCAUGCCAAAUGAGCUGGGUACCGUAAUGACAUUAAAAGUGCUUCAAUUGAGCGGCAAUCCGCUAACUUACCCGCCAAAAGAUAUCAUAAGCGCGGGAACGUCUAAAAUUUUGACAUUUCUUUACGAUAACUAUAUGACGAAUCUACUCGUAUUAGAUUCGAAAUCUUUAUCAGAAGUAAGCGAAUCAAACGAAACUAUGUCCAAUGAGGCUAGAAGUUAUAAUUCGGUGUUAGAUGGCAGUGAAAUUAAAAACGGCAAAAUGUCCGUGCAAUUUAAUGAUAGGGAUGAGGAUAGUGAAUAUUAUGAUAAGGUGAAGGGGAAAUGUCGUAAAUUGGCGGUAAGCCGGCAUAAAACAUUGUCGCCGCAUUGUCAAAGCGCUAAAUACCUCCGGCCGGUGCGGACGUCUGGUAAAGACGUGCAAGAUAGGAAAAUAUUACAGAGUCAUAUUAGAGAUAUUGCCGUUAAGAAACGGAAAGAUUUCUUAGCGAGAGCUGAGAAAAUAAUUCAGGACAAAAAGAACAUGGAAUUAUUAAAGAACUGGCGCACCAAUUACAAAACUCGACAAUUAUUAAUAAGACAGGAUCGUCCAACCGACCCCAUUAGUUACCCAUACGAUACAUGUGAAGAAUAUAUGACGUUCCUAACUCGCGAAGACAUAGAGAAAGAUUUACCGGAUAAAUAUCGAAAGAAAAUAGUGCGGAAGUCAAAACCGACUGUGCCCAGAAAGAGUAGUAACGAUGUCCACUUGGCUAUGAAGAUAAAGAAGUUGUUUGAGAAUUUGGAAGCUAUUGAUUUGGACAAGAGAGACAUGACUCCGCGUACAGAGCAGAGAGUGCUAUUGAAUGAGAUUCAAAAAAUAUCGGAAAUCAAGCAGAAGUUAACAGAAUUAUCUUUAUCCAACGCAAAAUCCGUUUCAGAUUGAAAUGUGGUUUAUCUAAUAGAAUCUAGUUCGAAAUUGAUGAUUUUGUCUUAAUAAAACAUUAAAAU